AUGGUCCAUGGUCGAACGACUGACCCAGGCUUCGCCAGCAGCUACUCGCCGCCGCCCACACGCUACUCUCCUUCCGACCACAGGACUCCCCUCGGCUCCCUGUACGAACACGUUUCAAUGUCGUCGUCCUCGUCGCCCCACGGCGCCCCGUCCGACAAGGGCGCGCUCUCGUCGCUUAACCUCAAUUUUCUCAAGUCCCUGAACGAAAAGAAGACGACCCGGGACGGCAACCCGCCGAAGCGGCGAGGUCCGAAGCCCGACAGCAAGCCGGCGUUGACACGUCGCCAAGAGUUGAAUCGCCAAGCGCAAAGGACGCAUCGCGAACGCAAAGAAUUGUACAUAAAAGCGCUCGAGGACGAGGUGCUGCGGUUGAAAGAGGUCUACAGCAACAUCUCGCAAGACAAAGAAAAGCUUGCCGAAGAGAACAGACAGCUCAAGAAUCUCCUGCAGCAGAACGGCAUAGCGCUCGGCUCGGCCGGCGGCCUGGACGACAUCGUUAGCGGCCCGAGCCCCGGAUAUACCCCCAGCGGCAGCGUGUCCGGGAGCUACGCACCCGGGUCCAACAAUGCCUUCACGCCGCUAACGUCGAUCUCCGCCCCCUCUCCCAUAUCGGCGUCGUCGCAGGGGGUCGGCAUCCCGCCGCAGGCUCCUCGGGGCGUGAGCCGGCAGCAGCAACACCCGCCACGCCAGCCCGCCCAGGGCCGCGUGGACUACGAACAGGCUGGGAUAGAUUUCGUCUUAACGUACGAGAACCCCGAAAACCCCUCGCAGGCGUACAUAUCGCCACCCCCACAGCUCGAGAGACCUUGCAUGGAUCACAUACCCUGGCUGCUCGAGAGGGCGAGCGAUGCGGGCGGCGAGGCGUGCGGCCACGCGCUCAUGGCCUGCUGCCCGCCGGAGCCAUUCCCCGAACUAAGCGACGAGAUCCCGUUCGGGUACGCGCACAACCGUGUGGGCCAAGGAGGAGGCGGAAGGGGAGGAGCAGGGGUAGGAGGGAGCCAGCAGCUGCCACCGAGCUGCGGCACGUGGGAGCUGUCCAAGGCGGACCUGUCGACGCUCCUGGAUCUCAGCAAGAAGCUAGACCUCGACGGCGAGAUCACCCCGGUUAUGGCUUGGGGCAUGAUCCUCGCCCACCCGCGCCUGGGGGAGCUGAGGACGGAGGAUUUUGAGAGGCUGACCGACGACCUCAGGGGCAAGGUCCGGUGCUACGGAUUUGGGGCCGUGAUGGAGGAAUUCGAAGUCAGGGAUGCGCUCAACGCCAUAUUCCCCCCGAAUCCAGAGGUGGGCAUGGCGUACUAGGUGGACGGGCUGAUCUCAGUGGGGGGUGAGGGUUCCGGCGUUGAUACUUCUUCACAAGCUGUCUGUAUAGUAUCUACACGUAUAUCUGUGUGUGUAUGUAUCAUCUAUACUAUAUAGGGAGGUAUGCGUGUACCCAGUGCGACAUCGAGCCACGAUGACAACCGUAGAAAAACAUAGCAGGUCACGACGAGACGCACACGUACUUCGUGAGGGUCGACAGGUCGAAAUAACCCGCUACCACGUGGUUUUUUGCCCUUCGCCGACGGUUUCGAGUCUCCAACGGCGAAGUUUACCUAUAAAGACGACUAGUAUGGGUAUGAAUUCUACGUAUCUAGGAGUAGCAAUGACCCUAGAGACGGAUAUAGGGGAUAUAUAGACGGGCAAGGAAAGGGGCACAAAUGCUGGUUAGGUGCUCGUAUCUGCCGGCUACGAGGUGUGCCCUACCUAGAGGCAACAUCCAC